AACGCCAAGACGCAAUGCUGAUGCGUGCUGAUAAGCCACCGAGAAGGUCGUUCGGUUGCGUCCCUUGGAUUCGAAUGUUUGGAUUCAAUUACUUUUUGUCAAACGGUUUACGCUCACGGUCGUCGUCGUCGUCGUGACGCAAGACCUGGUGCGAAGUGAUAGAGACCGAAUGGUGGUGGUCCGGGGAUUGAGGUUUCGCGGCUGCUAAUCGUGCUUGACACACUAGCCUUUGGCCCGGCCACCACCUCCAGUGGUCGCGUGUUAUCACGCGAUGAACGGGAAUGGGUUGACAUCUUCAGCGGGGUUGUUCGUUUGGAGAAUUUUCCGGAAGAACGGUGUCCGCGGUGUGGCCGGAGGGCACCACCGGAGCACUGGCCUUUUAUCAGGGUUUCCUCAUCGCGCGUGGGCCGGUUUGGUUGCGUGGGAUUUUCGUUCCUUUGAUUGUUUUGUUGCCCUCUCUCUCUCUCGCUACCUCUCUGUCGCGGUAGUAUUUGUUUUAUUUACAUUUCCCUGCUAUGCUAAUCGAUAGGAUGGCGACCUCUUGAGGUGUGGCGUAGUAGCGUGGGUGGCGAUAUGUGGGCCAUCUCAUUCUGACUCUCUCUCCCAUUGGUUCUUUUUCUCUCUUUCUCUCUUUCUCUCUUGUGUCUGUGUGUUUGGCGCGGUGUUAGGCAAUCGAUAGAACUUUCCAUCCAUCGGCCAUGAUACGACAUGGGGGCACCAGAGCUUGUUGUUUGUUGACCUUGCGGCGCUCAUCGUGCCGUACCUUUUUCUCUGCUCUGUAUGUGUGCACGGAGGGAAAGAAACGUGGUGUGAUCGAAACGAUGCGCAAUAUACAGGACGAUUCGUUGCUGUUGCUGCUGUUACUGCUGAUGUUGUUAUUGUUGUUGUGUUGUGUGGCGUUGUUGCUUUUACGGCGAUGAGCACUCACUCGCAACACUCGCGGCUUUGGCCGGCUGGGUGUUCGGUUUGCUGACGUCAUCGGGAAGCGGUCAAUGCACGCCGUCGACGUCGACGUCGACGUCGCCGCAGCCGCCACUGUUCUCGCCGUUGCACUGAUGAACGCCGCGGACUUGGAGCUCGAUGAGAACGAUGAUGAGCUUUACCCAAGAUUGCGAAACCAACACGACGAGAUUCUGGUAACCACCUCCAUUAUCAUGAGUCACGCACAGACUCGUGCCCAAUUAUUCGCCAUAUUUUUAAAGGUGAAUGACGAAACAUACUGCUGCUGCUGGUGGUAGUAGUCUGAGGAUUCUUUGACCUCUCUCGCGCGUUGGUCGCAGAGAGAGAGAGGGAGAGAGGAGGAAAAUGAAGCAAUUUUCGAUAGAUUUCAUCAUCCACCAACCGAAUUCUGACGCAAAACUCGCGACGAUGAGCUGAGUGUCGGUGUGCGUGUGCGUUGUAGACCCACGGGUUCUAGUCGAUUAAGGUCUGUUGUGACAUGCUGGUACAUGUUUGACUGGGCGAGAAUUUGGGGGAAAUUCCAAAUUGUCACUUUCGGGAAUUCUAAUCGGCGACGAGCGUGUUGGUGGUUCACAGCAGAGCCAUUGGAAAACAUAAUCGUUGCUGGAGAGUACUGUGCAACGCGCAGUUUGUUUUUCGACAUCCUGGGCCUUGUUUUGCAACCGAUAGCAAGAGAACAAAAAAAUAGAAAAAGUAAAGAAAUCCCCGUUCGGGGGUAGAACGAGAGCGACUGCGCCAUCAUGAGGUGAUCUCCUCCGUCUACCAAUGGGGUGAGCGCGGAUAAGAGAAGUCGCACGACAACAACGUGCUUACCGUUCGCCUGCUGGGCGAUCAAGGACGGUCAGCGACGCCAUAUAAUUCUCGUCGCCAUUCUACUAGGCCUGAUCUGCCUGAUUAUUGGCUGGCUGACUUAAUAGUGGCAGCAGCAGAAGGAGGACAGUGUGAGUGGGGUAUGACGAUCGCAUUACCAAAACAAGCGCCACCAGUGGAACAAGCACCAAAGCGUGGAACGCAAACAACAACCCCUUUACCUUUUGCUACGCAAAUCACCCAAAACACACACACAGACAGAGAUAAACGGCUGGUAAGAGGAAGGGGAGAAGGUGAUCGAUACAGUUCUCCCACCUUUGCAACUGAGUCAAGAACGAACGCUCGUAACGGUCGUCGUGCUCAGGUGAGGCGUCAUCCACACGAUCUAUCUGGAGGUACACGUGGUGCUCGAAUGACGUAAUGCCAUGUUGUUGACGUUUACUACCUAAGGAGGCGACGACAGGCUACUACGUGAUUGGAUAGAACGAAUGGAGGGGCUACUAGGAUCACUUGGUACCCGGGGUGUUUUCCACGGAUAAGUGAAGAGAUUUCCACGUUCUUUCAAGAUGGAAAUCCCUGCACACUCCGGGUGCCAUUCAAGAGGCGUACUCCACGACACAUUCAUGGGAAACACGUCGACCGAUGGAGCGCUUCUUGUGCAAUCCUGGUUGGCGAUUCUCGAUAAUGCGUAUUACUCAUUGCGGUGAGCGGUUGGUAUAUCGCGGAGCGG